AUGAACGAACAACAACAUCUUAGAACAUUUGUGAAUAGACAAACUGAUCAAGCUCAAAAUGACUAUUGGAUGCAUUUGAAUGAUUCUAUUGAUUGUGUUCAAUUUCUUCUCAGACAAGGUUUAGCUUUUCGCGGCCAUGAUGAAUCAAAUAAUUCAAUCAACAAAGAUAUACAAAAAGACAUUGUCAAUGCUUGUGCAACUGAAACUAUCAACAUUAUUAUUCGAGAUCUUGGAGAAGCUUUGUUUUCUAUUUUAGUUGAUGAAGCUCAUGAUGUAUCAGCUAAGGAACAGAUGGCUAUUAUUAUACGCUAUGUGGAAAAGAAUGGACAUGUGCUAGAGCAUAUUUUGGGCAUUUUACAUGUUACUGACACUAGUGCUUUAUCACUAAAAGCAGCCAUAGAUGCAUUGUUUUCCAAACAUAGCUUAAGCAUAUCAAGAUUGUGGGCCAAGGCUAUGAUGGGGCAAGCAACAUGCGAGAUGUUUUCUGUUGUUAUUGAUGCACUUGAGUGGAUUAUGGAAAAUCCUAAGUUUGAACAGAAAGCUGAAGCAUUUAAUCUCCUUGAUUCACUACAAUCUUUUGAUGUUGCAUUUAGCCUUCAUUUGAUGAGAAAUAUUCUAAGGAUCACUUAUGAACUGUCACAAGCUUUGCAAAGAAAAAAUAAAGAUAUUGUGAAUGCUAUGACAUUGGUCAAAAUAGCUAAACAACAGUUGUAA